AUGAGGGGCUGUCGCCAAAAAGGAAAAGUGAUUUUGCAGAAUCGGGGGCUGUCUCCCGAAAAGAAAAAGUUUUGCGAAAUUGAGGGUGAAUUCCAGAAAUACAAAAAGCUGCGCAAAAUUGGUGGCCACCUCCGGAAGCAGAAAAUCUUUGCAAAAUUGGUGUCGAAGGUGCAGAAAAGCAACCUGAACCUUAAAAGGAGAGAGGAAGCGUGUUAUGGCUCAUGGAAUACUGGGGCCGCCAACACUCAAGGUACAUACGGGACGAACGCGACGAGUUGGCAAGGCUAUGAAGGCUACGACUAUUACAACACCCAAACCACCGGCGCUAAUACAGCGGCCACGUACAACUACGCCGCUGGCACCUCCAGCAGCUGGGAAACCCCCAAACCGUCGGACAUGAGCAUGAACGCCGACGUCAACGCCGCCAUGCCCGGCGCCUCGUACGGCGCCGAGUCUUCGGCGAACGAGAACUCGGAUUCCAUCAUCGCCAAAAUCAACCAGCGUUUGGAUAUGCUGUCGAAGGAGGGCAGCGGCGGGACAGGGGAGGGGAUGGAAGACCAGGAGAGCUCGUUCAGAUUUGAGUCUUUCGAUUCGUACGACUCGAGAUCUUCGAUGAACGACCGCGACAUGUACCGAUCCGGCUACGACUACGGAGACGUCGGAACCGAUCGGAACGAUUCAUUCGGGAGCCAGUUCGACAACCGCAGGGAUCAGUCUCGUAACCGAGGAAACAGCUACGGCCUGACGCGAGGCCGGGGUCAAAACCGCGUUCAAAACCGAGGACGUAUGAACACUUUCAACCGCACCGACCACUUCAUGCCCUCCUCCAGCUCCGAGCGCCUCUCGGCUCGUUGGAAUGAGUUGAACUACAUGGGUGGGCGUGGGAUGGGGGGUGCUGGAUCCAACAGGCUCCCUUCCCUCUUUUCCCAAGCCCUCGUUCCUGACUAUGGCAUGAUGGGGAUGUCGGGCAUGGGAGUGGGACGGUAUGGGAAUGUGCCGUACGGAAUGGGGAGGCAACGAAACAGAGACAGGAUGGGUACGCCCAAAAGAAGAGGUUUCCGAAACCGUUCCGGAGGGCGAUCGGACGGUGAGGGAGGAGGACGCAAACGAAAACAGUCGCAAAGCGGCGACGAGCCGGACAGCAAACAGGUGAAGACCGACAGCGAAGGAGACGACACCGAGAACGAUGAGGGUGAAGGAGAGGAAAAAUCAGGAGAUGACGCUGACAAAGCAUCUGGAGAUGGCUGCGAAGAUGACGACGAGGAGGUGAAGAAGAAGAGGGAGAAGCAGCGGAGAAGAGAUCGGAUGCGCGAUCGGGCUAUGGACAGAAUCCAGUUUGCCUGCUCCGUCUGCAAGUUCCGCAGUUUUGAGGAAGAGGAGAUUCAAAAACACCUCCAGAGCAAGUUUCACAAAGAGACCUUGCGAUACAUCGGGACCAAACUCCCGGAUAAAACAGUCGAGUUUCUGCAGGAGUACAUCGUCAACAGGAAUAAGAAAAUCGAGAAGCGGCGCCAGGAGCUGACUGAGAAAGAGGGCACAAAACAGAAGCCGGAUCCUUUUAAGGGUAUUGGCCAGGAACACUUCUUCAAGAAGAUCGAGGCGGCUCACUGCCUGGCGUGCGACAUGUUAAUUCCAGCGCAGAACCACCUUCUCCAGCAGCACCUGCGAUCUGCCGAUCACAACAGAAACCGCAGGAUGGCCGCAGAACAAUUCAAGAAAACCAGCUUACAUGUCGCCAAGAGCGUCCUGAAUAACAAACACAUCGUCAAGAUGCUGGAAAAAUACCUCAAG